AUGAAAACUCUUCGAAAAAUCGAUGGCCAGGCGGGCGUAAAUCAACUUGGAGGUGUUUUCGUGAACGGUCGUCCUUUGCCAGACUGCGUAAGAAGAAGAAUAGUCGAACUGGCCCUUCUCGGAGUCCGACCUUGUGAUAUAUCAAGACAACUUUUGGUGUCCCACGGAUGCGUGUCUAAAAUUUUGACCAGGUUUUACGAAACAGGAUCUAUUCGGCCAGGUUCAAUUGGUGGUUCAAAAACAAAGCAAGUAGCAACACCAACAGUUGUAAAGAAAAUCCUACGAUUCAAGCAAGAAAAUCCCGGAAUGUUCGCUUGGGAAAUACGGGAGCAACUCAUAUCUCAAAGGAUAUGCGAGCCACACAACAUACCUUCAGUGAGUUCUGUAAACAGGAUUUUAAGGAACAGUGGCGUUUGGCCAGAUCCUCCAGAUAUGCUGCAUCACAGAGUCAGUCAUCCGUCAGAUUUGAACGGAGACAUGUAUUCCAAGGCCAUCUCACCACCAAACACCCCCAUACCCUACUACCCAUCCAUAAACGAUCCCGCCUUCAUUCCCGCUAACCGAUUUUCCUCCCUUCAGCGCCAACUGCACAUUGCAACAACAUCUCCGGUCGAAAUUCCAACUGCAGCCAACUGGUCUAACCUUAUUGUUCCCUACCACACUGAAACGACCAAAGAACACUCUACAUACAGGGACGAAGACAAAAAAGACGCAUCCAUAACCAAUCCGAGUCGAAACGAACAAAAAAAGAAAAAUCCUUAUUCCAUCGAGGAAUUACUGAAGAAGCCAGUAAUGCGAUCGAAACCUUUGAAUUUUGAUUGUUUUGGUAUUCACCAGCCAUAUGGUGGAUUAGUACAUAACGAGGAAAUCAAAAAAAUUAAUUAUAGUGAUAGUGAUAGUGAUCACGAACAAGAUGUUAAAAUUGAUGUAGUGUAGAUCUAGUAAUAAAUUGUAGAGGUAGUGAUAUGAGAACAAAAAUGCAAGUAAACGUUAUGUAACAAAAAUAAAAGAUCAAUUGACGUUUUGUAAGAUAGAUUGAUAGUAUUAGUAGCUUAAGAACAAAACUAUUUAAAUGUUUGUAUCCAAAUGGUAGUAGAUCGUUACAAAAAGUCUGAUUAUUUAGUUUCUAGUUACCUAUUCAGUCUCGUUUACCGAUUUUAUCUUUUUUUAUCCGAAAAAUCUCUAUCCUUUAACUCUGUAAACGAAUAAUAGCACCAUUUUACUACGCUUGUUGUUUGACAUAGAGGUAAAUUUUCUCAUAGACUCCUAUAUAGAUGACUACAGCGUAAAGAGUAGUUUUUUCAAUGUAUUGACGGUAUAGAAGUUUGAUGUAUCUCUUGCUAUAAAUGAAAUAUUUUCAUGAUAUAUUUUUUAAAGAUUUAAAGUUAUAAUGAUGAAUUUGUUCGCCAGUUAAUGUUUCCGCUCCAUAAGUGGUACAGAUAACACACAUACCUACUGCUCAAAGAUUUUCCUUUUGAGGCAUAUGAUAGGUUUGAUUUAAAUACAUAGCAUAAAUUUACCAAACGUUUCCCAGGCUAUCUUCCCAAUACUCCUUCCAUCAACAGUAAUAUUUAUUUGAGUCUUGUUCAUGUUAAUCUUUAGUCCGACAUCCAAGCUAGCGAGAUAAUUGUUUCUAACAUUAUUAUUGCAUUAUUCAUACGAUCAGCUAUAACGACGAUAACAUGUGCGAAUCUCAAAUGACUGAGCUUCUCUUCAUUUAUGCUGAGACCAUACUCGUUCAGAUAUACCUCCUUACAAGAAGUAUGUUCUAAAAGCUUCGUGAAGAGCUUUGGAGAAACGGUGUCCCUUUGCCGUACUCCUCGCUACAUAAUUUAUUUGCUUCUUGUUCAGAUAGUCAGGGCCGGCGAUAGCGGGCCUGCAAAGGAUGCACUGCAGGCGGGCGCCACUGUUUGGGGGCGCCAAAAUGAGCUUUUUUCUGCUGGUAUCAUAUAAUAUAAUAUACUAAAAUAGAAAAAUUAAUUUUUUAAAUAUGGUUGAAGUUCCAGAUAUCGCUAACCUUGUUUGUUAUUUUUGCACCUCACACACGUACAUAUCGCACGUACGCAAACAUCUUUGCGCUUAGGUAUUGGGAAUAUUUUGUUUAUUUUCUUCAAAUUUCUUUCAAGUUGUUUAUAAUCUUUGUAUCAGCAGUUAUAGAAGUACAUUAAUGAUUUGUGGUAAAAUAAACAUGGUUCUGAAGCUGUUUCUGUCCCCUGUGGCAUAUCUAAUUUAAGUAGUGUGUAGUUAAAUAAAAAUGGAUUCAAAAAAAGUUAUCCGGGGUGCAAAAUCGAAAAAAAAGAGCCGAAAAAGAAGAAAUGGAAAAGAAAAUCUGGUUUAGACUUAAUACUUUAGCAUUAAUUUCAAUACAAAAUUAGUUGAGUCACUGAAGGUUUUCACCUCCGAUUUCGUUGAACCUCGAUCGAUUUUCAUUGAAAUUGAUGAGUAGUUAGAGGAUACCUCAAGAAAACUGAGUUGGUGCCAACUUGCACUUUUACCCUGGGGGUGGAUGCCACCCCUUCUCGGGGAUAAAAAUUAUUUUAUUAGAAAUAGCCACAUAAAUCGAUAGAGGGAUAAAUUUUAAGUAAAAUUUGUCGUAUAAAUUUAUUAAAAUAAAUCAAUAUUUUUUGGGUAUUUAAGAUUUUAAUUUUUCGUGAAAAAGUAGCAUGUUUUAAAGCGGUUUUUCAUAAUUAACUCAAAAGUUUUUACAAAGUAAGUAUCAUUACCCGUUCCCAUCAAAUUGAGGGUAAUAAAAAAUCGAAAACAUUCCUUACUUGAAAAUUUAAGUGUUCAAGUUUAAAUAACGGAAAACGAUACAUUUUAUAAAAUAUACUUACUAAACACUUAUCAAAGUACUCAGAAAUACGUAUGAAAUGAGCUUCAGAAGAAGUUGAUAGCUUCAAUAGUAAAAGGAUUUUCAAGUAAGAAAUUAAUUUCUUUUUUUAGCUUGAAUUUUGGUAAAGAUUAUACUUUUUGAAUUAUUUAUGAAAAACCGGUUAAAUAGUAUUGAUUUAUUUUAAUAGCUAUAUAGCCAAAUUUUGAUUAGAAUUUGUCUCUAUAUCGAUUUCUGGCGUUAUUUUUAAUAAAACAAUUUUAACCUCAGAGAAGGGGUGGCAUUCAUCCCCAGCGUAAAAUCGCAAGUUGGCACCAUGUCACUUUUGUUUCUUUAGGUAUCCUCUAACUACUCACCAAUUUUCAUGAAAUUUUAUGAAGGUUCACCGAAAUCGGAGGUAACAAAUUAUUGAUUUUUACGUUCAUUCACUGUAGUAAAUAGUGUUUGGUAAUAAAUUAGAUAUUAAUCUUAUUGAUAAUUUUGUAAACAUCGAAACAAGGAGAAUAUAUUUUUUACCUAUUUACAUCUCAUUUAAAUCUUGUACCAUUGCCAAAAAAUGAAAUACCUAAAUCUAAUCAACGGCGGAUCCAGCAACCUUGUAAGGAGGGGGCAAUGAAAUAAAAAUGUUCUUGUCACUGGCAUACGCAGGAUUCCUUUUCUGGGUGGGCUCUUAUUUUCUUCUUCUUCAUGAACCAUGUCCUUUCAGAACGUUGGUUACCAUCAUAGCUAUCUUAAUUUUAUCCACUGCUAUCCUAAAUCAACCAUGAAGUUCUUCUUCGUUCUGGACUGCGUUUGCCUGCUAUUUUCACUUACAUAAUAUUUUGUAGCAACUUAUAUUUGGGACCUCUCAUUACAUGUCCGAAAUACUCCAGCUUUCCUUUUCUUGAUGCUUUUUAUAAUAUCAGUAGUGUUGCUGAGACGUUCUAGUAUUGUGGAGUUUCAAAUCUUCUCCAACCAAGAAACUCUUAAAAUUCUUCUAUAGCAUUACACCUCGAAAGCCUGAAGGUGAUUUAGAUCGAUUUUAUUCACAGUCCAAGACUAGACACCAUACAGUAAGACCGAGAACACGAAGGAGCGAAGUAGAGGGUUCAUUAAUGCGAAUUUUAGGUCACGGUUACAUAAUACCUUGGACAUCCUUCUAAAAGCAGCUCUUAUUCGGGGGUUUUAUUAAAUCGUAAUUAUCUCUUUCUUAAAAAAAGGUGUCGAAUGAAGUUUAAUGAAUUCAGAAAUAAAGCUAUAAGAAAAGAUUUGGAACAAGAACCGAUAAUGAUGAAGAUCGAAAACAAACAAUUGAGCUGGUUUGGCCACAUACAACGAAUAUAGCAAAAGAGACUAACAAAGAAGGUACAUGAAGCCAAAAUGAGAAACAAAAGAAAAAAGGGAAGGCCGAGGAAGACAUGGAUGGACUAGAUCCAGGAUAUAUGUGAAAGGAGACACAUGAGUAAAAAAAUAUGAAGAACCUGGCCAGCAAUAGAAGCGAUUGGAAGAAAUGGAUAAGAGACGGAACCCGACAUCCAAUGCCCUGAAGAGUACUAUGGAUUAUGAGAAAAAAAGAAAAAAGAAAAAAAGUGUCAGUAGACACCAGGCGAGGUCUCAAGGAGGGGGCAAUUGACUCCAUUGACCCCCCCUUCGAUUCGCGUCUGAAUCUAAUUAAAUUAAAAAAAAAACGAAGGGCGCCUGUGCUAGUUUUGAAGGCGGGCGCCUUAUACCCUAGCGCCGGGCACUGCAGAUAGUCUUACGUUAGCCGUGGCAUUUUGGUAGGUAUAUGUGAUUAUUUUAUUAUAGCGAUAGUCUAUUCGGCAUUCUCUAAAUACUUUUAACAUUUUCUGCUGGCUUAUUCUAUCGAAUGCUUUCUUGUAGUCACGAAUAGCAGUGCCAAUGGUUUGUUGAACUCGCAGAAUUCUCUAUCAGGUUCUUUAUUACUAGUAAGUGAUCGUUAGUGCUGUAUCCCGAUUUAGAUCCAUCUUAUUCUCUAGGCUGAUAGAAGUCUAACUUAGCCUCCAGUCUUUUUUGAUAAUUUUUGUAAUGGAAAGUUUAUAUAUUAUGUGUAAAAGCAAACUGAUAGGACAAUAGUGUUUUAAAUCUGUUAUUACACUAAGUCUAAUAAAAAUAAUUGUGUACAUUGAAAUAAUAAAAAAACGGGUGAAAAAAAACUGUGCGACGAUAACUCUUUUUUAAUUCUCUUCCAUAUAAUUUGAAUUUGACUAUUAUGAGUACCUAUUCUUUACAGAGCAAUAGUUUCAAAAUCUGGAGAAACAAUCCUCCAACUAAAAAUCAAGCUGAGUCGAGUUAAUAAUUUGAUUUUAAUUAUUAAGGGCAUCUCUAUGUCGAGUUUAAUAGAACUUACACUAUGGAUUUGGCAAAUAAAAGUGAGGAAAAAUUAAAAAUUCUCGAAAAACCAUGAAACGCAUUAUGAUAUAUCACACUAACAGAUGUGGAAACAACUGAAGACACAGAAAAAUACUAAAAUGGCAUUUUUUAUCCUAGACAAGUACGUAAUACAAAAAUAUCGUGAUGUUUCAAAACAAAUCAAUUGAACACUAAAAUUAAUAAAGAGUAAAAGAAGCUAGAAGCAAUCUAGUCCAAAAUAAAUGAUUGGAUGAAAUCGGUAAAUUUGUGGGAAAAUGAUAAGUAUGAAAAGAACGGUUACAAGAAAGAAAGAAAGAAAGAAAGAAGUGUGUUGACAUUUUUACAAUCAAAUAUUUAUGAUCUAUCUAAUGCCUAUUUGGAACAAACAUUAAAUGCUCACUGUUUAUAGUACACCACUGAGGUUUAUAAUACUCAGCUCCAAAAAUGUAAAUAUUAAUCUUAGCUAAAAUAUUAUUAUUUAUUUUUUAAUUUAUUGUGAUAGAUGUAGGAAUGUAAUUUUGAAGGAUGUAGACCUAAAUUGUAAAUGUGGUGGUCUAAAAAUGUUUUUAAUUUUCUUAAGCUAUUUUAAACAUAUAUUAUCAAAAAUUAGAAUCAUUAUUGAAGUCAAUCAAAGUAAUUUGAAUUGUAUAUUCUAGAUCCCUCUUAUCUACAGAAUAUUAUAAAUAAACACC